AAAACUUUGAGUUUUCUCUGGUCUAUCUUCUCCUUCAUCUUCUUCUUCCCACCAUAUAAAAUCUCUCAAUUUUUUCCUAUCUUAAAUCAAUCUCUGCUUUCUGGGGUUCUGGGUAAGAUGUUAGCCAAGCAGCACCAUUCUUCCCAUUUCCCUUCUCCUUCUUGUUUUCGCCCAAGUAGCUCCGCCGGCGGCGGCGGCGGCGGAAAUCGGUCAUCGAAGGUGGCGCCGCCGUUCCCGGCAGCUCCGACGCUUGCCACCUCGCUUUACCAUACUGAGUUGGGCGUUUUCGCCGUCACUUGGUCCCGGAGCAUGCUCGGCCGGUCUUUCCACCUCCAUUUCGCCCUGGACGAUUCCCCGUCCGCCGCGGCGGCGGAGGAAGACGACGUGCUUGGUAAGCCGUCGGCCGCCGCCGCCCCGUCGUUCCACCUCCACAUCAAGCCCUUCGUCUUCUGGAAAAAACAGGGAUCCAAAAAGCUCCAAAUCCGCUGCGGCGGAAAAAUCAAGAAUGCCCACAUCUUCUGGGAUCUGUCGAGAGCCAAAUUCGGGUUAGGACCCGAACCCAGAUCCGGAUUCUACAUUGCCGUCGUCAUCGACGGCGAAAUCGUCCUCCUCGUCGGAGACCUCCACAGAGAAGCCUACUCCAAAACUAGGGCACGAAAUCCGGAGACCGGCGCCGGCCAAGUGAUGGUGCUGAAAAGAGAACACGUCUACGGGAGCAGAGUAUACGUCACCGAGGCCUCCGUCGGCGGAAAGGACCGGAACAUUUGCAUAGAGUGCCGGAUCUCCGGCGACGACCCGAGACUGUAUUUCUACGUGGACGGCAAAAGGGUCCUCCAAAUCAAGCAUUUGAGGUGGAAAUUCAGAGGCAACGAGAGAAUCGAAGUGGAGGGGUUCCCGAUCCACGUCUCCUGGGACGUCCACAACUGGCUGUUCGAGGACGACGACGACGGCUACGCGCUGUUCAUGUUCAGAUUCGAGGAGGAAGGCGAGUGCCACUCACGCGCCGCCGGGAAAGCGGCGAACAGCUGCGGGUUCGGGUUCGAGACGAAGAUGAUGAAGAAGGGGCUGCUGAGGACGGCGAGGAGCUCGUCGACGUCGGCGUCCCUGUCGUCGGCGUCGUCCAGCUGUAGUUCUGUGAUGGAGUGGGCCAGCACAGAGGAGAACGAACUCAAGGGCCCCACAGGGUUCUCUUUGCUGGUCUACGCUUGGAAAAGUUAAUUACUUUUUCUUUAUUGAAUUUUCAUUUUUUUUUUGCUUCCCUUUUUUUUCAAUUUCUUUGCAUUUACGGAGUAACUGAAAAUUCAAAGGCGACUCAUUCUCCAUGUAAAACCAAUACAACGAAAAUAAUUAUACAUAUACAAAAAUUCUUUACCCAUUGUCUAAAUCCCGGUUAUUAGUGUGGAUUUUGAUUUGAUCUCAAAAGUAAAAAGUGAUGGUCUAA